AUGGUGGUGAAUCCGGAGCGUAGCAUGCUGCAUGGUGCAUGCUGCAUGGUGCAUGCUGCACGGUGUAUUGAAACACUUAUCAGAGGUCACAAUGAUGCACUAAAUAUCGAGAUAGCGGCGAAUCAAAGACCUCAUUGUACAUUGUACGCUAAUGCGCCAUUCAGAUGGAUCCACGGCCUUUGUAUAUGCGAGGCGCCUCUGGAAUGUAAUUUUCACACGCCGAGCGACGUCACUGUACCCCGGCCCCCGACCCCCGACCCCCAACCCCCAAACCCACACCACGCCAAAACCCCCUUCAACCCCUCGCCGUGUAGUCCAAGAGCUGGUUCGCAACCUGAUGUAGCUGAACUUUAA